GGGAGAGCCCUCAGGUGUCUAAAGCCAGCUUGGGAUGUGGCAUAGGAGAAAGUCUACAGUAAAGAUUCAUCGUAACUUAAGGUAAAAGGAAAAAGUCAGGACUUCAGAUUUCCACCUGAAUCUGAAAGGACAUCUUGAGUUAAACAUCCAGAGUCAAAUUCAGAUGUCUGCCUUGUGAACGCUUUUUGGAGAUUAAACAUGGCUGUCUUCAUUGUUUUAUUAACUUUGCUACAAGUUUCAAGUGCCUUAUAUGGACCAAAGUUUUUGACAGGUGAGGUUGGAGGAUCAAUCACUAUCAAAUGCGUCUAUCCACCCAUUAAAGCCAACAGAUAUGACAGAAAAUAUUGGUGUAAAAUAUCAGGAACCAGAAGAGUUUGCAACACCAUCAUUUCUACCAACAAUUUCAUCUCAAAAGACUACAAAGGCAGAGCAGCCAUCACCGACUUCCCUAAGAAUGGCAUGUUCACAAUACAAAUGAGACAGCUGGAGCAGAAUGACGCUGGGGCUUACAGAUAUGGCAUCGGCAACAACAAUAAAGCCUUAUUCGUCAGCAUGAAUCUAACAGUUUUGGAAAGUACAGUAGCUGGGGACCUUCACAACAGGCUGAUUGCAAAAGGUUCUAAUGUCUCUGAAUCACCAGAGCUUGUGCUUGGGAAGCUCAGAGGGUCAGUGACAAUACAAUGCCAACCUGAAAAUGUCAAAGGCGGUGGAAAGAAAUUCUGGUGCAAACUGGGAAAAACUGGCUGUUCUGUCAUAGCGGACUCUGAUGGUUAUGUGGCCACGAAUUACGAGGGAAGGAUCUCUAUUAACCCUGAAGAAAGCUCUGGUACUUUCAAAAUCUUGAUAAACAGACUAAAAAAAGAGGACUCUGGACUGUAUAAGUGUGGGGUGGCCAUGCCUGGUGACUCUGAAAGUGCAAGAACCAUAGAUCUACAAGUGACUGAAGAGUCAACCCUUCCCAGGGAACCCAGGCUCCUGAAUGGAUCUGAAGGAGGCUUGGUGUCUGCCAAGUGCCACUAUGAUCCACAACGGAAUUAUGAGAUGAAAUACUGGUGCAGCUGGAAGGAAGCGGGAUGCUCCCUUUUGUCAAAUACCAGUGGAUUUGUACAGGAUGCAUUUGAAGGAAGAAUUCGGAUAAUCAGUGAUAACCAGGACAAUGGGACUUUCACAGUAGUGAUGAGCCCUCUGGAAGAAACGGAUGCAGGAUGGUACUGGUGUGGGGCUAAAGAUGGAGACACAGAGCAAACAUCCUCCAUAAAGUUACUCGUUCAAAACGAAUCAUUCUCUUCACUAGCUCCAGUACCAUCUGCAUCUGUGAGGCCAGUAUCACCAACGUCUGCUCUCCACAGCAUCCCCAGUCAUGUAAAUGUCAUAAGUCAGACAUAUCCCACGAGCAGAGUCACGGAGGGAAUAUUGGAAAAAACAACCCCUGAAGACAGAUUUAUAACCUUUAGCAAUGUAGUUUAUGAAAGCAUCCCCACUCAUGUAAAUAUCAUAAGUCAGACAUAUCCCAUGAGCAGAGUCACGGAGGGAAUAUUGGAAAAAACAACCCCUGAAGACAGAUUUGUAACCUUUAGCAAUGCAAUCUAUGAAAGCAUCCCCAGUCAUGUAAAUGUCAUAAGUCAGACAUAUCCCACGAGCAGAGUCACGGAGGGAAUACUGGAAAAAACAACCCCUGAAGACAGAUUUGUAACCUUUAGCAAUGCAGUUUAUGAAAGCUCAUCAACAAGUGAACUGCAACUGCUUCCAGUUGUGAUCCCAGCCCUCAUUGUGCUGCUGCUUCUUGUUGCUAUUAUUACUCUUAUAUUUAUUAAAGUCAAGCGUCACAAGAAGAAGGAGAUGAACGGAAGUUCUGUGAGAAACCUUGAAGCAAAAGUAACCUUGACUGAUUUAAAGUGCUUAGAAGAGCAAAUGAUGGAGGAAACCAUGGAUCCAGCAAAGCAAUAUGAACCUGUGUGGGGCCAUGACAAAGAACAUGCUUCACGACUGUUGAAAGAUCCGGGUGACCCAGAUGAAGUCUCUAAGUUUUUCUAACAAGGGAUCCAAUGGAAAAUGUUGCUGUUGCUCUCCCAAUGACAUCUGCUGGCUACACACAAUGAAGUACCAGUUGCUGAAGUCUCAAGGGAAAUAGGGCAGGAUUCCCUAUCUUCCAAAUCAGGGUAUUCACAAACUCAGUAGCUGACUUACAAGAUAGACAUCGCUAUAAAUUGCAGAUCGCUCAGCUCAACUCUUAGCUUAUUCCCAUCCGCAACAGGAUGCAUUUCAUUUAACUGCACAUUAUAUAAAGUGCAGAAGAACUACAGACUGCACAUUUAGUUGAAUUGUUUGCUAAACAGAGAAUAAAAUGUCUAUUUUACAGCCAAGAUAUUUAUGUAACUCUUAUUGAGCAACAUGUCUCUUUUAUAUGUAUACUACAGGCAAAACAUUAACGACUGAAGGCUAUAUGUAGGGACUGCAAGGGGAACACAGAAGCAUCCAUGUGGCACA